AUGGCUGAGCCGGCGCCAGUGGAGAACGAGGAGGAGGAAUCGGAUGAAGGUGUGCAGGAGCACUUGAAGGAUGCGGUGGCAGGAACGCUGAAGUUGAAGCGCCUGCUGAGCGAAGGCGAGGACUUUUUGAAAAAGGUGGGGAGUUCCAUCAAGCGCCGCAGAACGGUGGAGCGCUGUGGUCCGGCCGAGCAGGCCAAAGUCACACAUCUCCUCACCAAAUGGGGGGCCUUGGAUGAUGUGCUCCUGCGGCAUGUUUUGGAGGGAUUGACGAUCGAGGAGCUUGAGACCCUCAACGCUUCGGGUUACCUGCCUGACAAGUUCAAUGCCUGGAAAUCUUGCGCGGACCUUACUGCCAUGCACAUUGCGGGCAUGCGCGAGCGAAAUACCGCUGGAGGUGGAGCUUUAGAUGCGAUCGCGGCCUUCAGGUUCAACUGGAAGCUGGAUGGCACCACCGAUCCCAUCCUCCGAAAGCUCUGUCAUAAGGAUUUGCGCUAUGUCCUGACACACUAUGAUGGCGUCAAGGAGUUGGCCUCCUUGAUCCAAGAAGCAGUCGAUUCCGAGCCAGAUGCGACAGCCACGGGGGUGGCGUCGACCGCCCCCGGCUGCACAGCGCUGGGCCGCUUCAACCGUUUGGAGCUGAUCGACGCAGAAGCGGACGCUGCAGUCUUUGGAGAUGCCAAUUUGAGCUUUGCUCUGAACCUCGUGCGGCACCGGAAGGCCUUGGGGCACGUCGGCCGAGUCAUAGCCACCACUUUCGAAUCACUCGAAGUCCUUCGGGAAAGAUAUUCGGAGAUAGAUGAGACCAUCGCGGAGCUGGAAAAGCAUUUUUCUGAGGUCUACCAUGAAGUGGACUGCACCAGAAUAGCUGUUCACGCUCAGUUCAAAAACCUGGAGCGUUCUUUGGGAGCUGUUUACUACAACUUCCCUCAUGCAGGAGCUGUGGGCGGAUUCUUUGAUGGCCACCCGCUGGUCAACUGGCGUCAUGAAAACUUGAUGCGACUUUUUUUCAGAGCCUUGCGUGCUUAUGUCCAACCUGGCGGCAUUGUCAAGGUGGCCUCAAAUCAGGGAGCAGUGGGAGUUCGAUAUUCCUACAUCAUUUGCUCCGCCGUGGAGAAUGAAUUUCGUCACAUCGAAACGGUUCCGUUCUUGCAGUGGAGUCUGCAUCGCUACGGUCGCUCAUAUGGCGACCGGCGGGACACAUACCGAAGACCCGACGAAGGGGAGGGCUACAACGUCCAGCGAGCUGAAAAAGAUAUGGUGUAUGUGUUCACAUAUGAGCCGUCUGGGCAACCACUACCUCCACAAGACAUCCGGCUCCCUCCAACCUUCCGGACCAUUGAGGCUUGCCCUGAUGGGCCCUUUGAUGGAAUGACUGGGGAGUCCCGAAAGAACUUGGCCAAACAGCUCUACAGACGCUUCAUGUUGGAGUGCUCGGGCACUCACGUGGGUUAA